AUGGCUGAGAGCUGGUUCUUGCUUCUUUGGGGGCUCUUCAUCCUGCUGGCAACUGUUACAGUCCAGAAUCAGGGAGCUUCCUGUCCUCAAUGUCCUAAGCAUUCCAGCUGUUUUAAUGGCACCUUCUGUACCUGCCAGGAUGGAUAUACUUCUGAGUCGGGGAACAGAUCCUUCACUGACCCUAAAGAGAGAUGCAUAGAUAUUGAUGAAUGUCAUGACCCUGAUAUAUGUAGGAAAAAUGAAGUGUGUAUCAAUAGAGAUGGAGAUUAUAAAUGUAGCUGUUACAGCUCAUACUACGCAAUCCAUGCAUUCUUUAGUUUUUUCAAAUCCUGUCCAGAUACAUCAUCUUCUGAAGGCAGCAAUCAGAUUUCUGAAAAUAUUCUAAGCAUAUUUAAUGAUACACACUUCAGUGGAAACAAAAGUGCCAUUGCCCUCUCAGCCACCGAUCUGCUUCAAAGAAUGGAAACCACAGUAUUAGAAGGUGCAUUCAAGUCUAACAAUGGAGUACAAGCACCAGACAAUUUUGUAGUUACUGACACACGAGUUGUUCCAGACAACAAAUGCUCUGAGAAGAUUUUCACACUGAAGGCUGGAGAAGAUGCCAUGGCCAUCCAUUGUACUGAAGUCGUCAGAGAAAGCACCACAGGUCAAAGUGCUGUGGCUUUUCUCUCUUAUUCUACCCUGGGGGACAUCAUCAAUGGAUCAUUCUUUGAGGAGGAGAGGCAUUUGCAGAAGAUGGACAGUAUUUCCAUGAAUUCCAGGGUAGUGAGUGGUAUCAUCGGACGCUUACAAGACAGCACUCUCACCAGCUCUGCUAUCCUGACCUUUCAACAUCUUCAGGAAGGUUACAGCAGAGGUCAGCAGUUCCUCUGUGUCUACUGGAAGAGCACCCAUGAGGGGGCCAGCUGGUCCACAGAAGGCUGUUACCUGCUGAAAACCAAUGACACUCAUACCAGCUGCAACUGCAGCCACCUGUCCACCUUUGCGCUCUUGAUGGCUUUCACAGACCAGGUGGAGGAUGGUGUGCUGACAGUGAUCACUUACGUGGGACUGAGCCUCUCUCUGCUAUGCCUUUUCCUGGCUGCCCUCACCUUCAUCCUGUGUCGAGCCAUCCAGGGCACCAGCACCUCCCUUCACCUGCAGCUCUCCCUGUGCCUCUUUCUGGCCGAUCUCCUCUUCCUUAUUGGCAUAGACCAAACAGCAGAGAAGGUCCUGUGUUCCAUCAUUGCUGGAGGGUUGCAUUACCUAUACCUGGCCGCCUUCACCUGGAUGUUCCUGGAAGGGCUGUACCUUUUUCUCACUGUCAGGAACCUCAAAGUUGCCAAUUAUACCAGUGCAAGCCGGUUCAAGAAGAGAUUCAUGUACCCUUUCGGCUAUGGGAUCCCAGCUGUGAUAGUGGCUGUGUCCGCAGGGAUUGACCCCCGUGGCUAUGGGACAGUUAAGCACUGCUGGCUCACCCUAGAAAGAGGGUUUAUCUGGAGUUUUGUCGGACCAGUGAUUGCCAUACUUUUGUUUAACUUUGUCUUUUAUUUGAUAAUCCUGUGGAUUUUGAGAGAAAGACUCUCCUCCCUCAACAAAGAUGUGUCCACCAUCCAAAACACAAGGACCCUGACCUUUAAAGCUCUUGCUCAGUUCUUCAUCCUGGGCUGCUCCUGGAGUCUCAGCUUUCUCCUGAUUGACUCUAUAACUGAGCCAGCCCGGUCAGUCAUUGCCUACACCUUCACCAUCACCAAUUCCCUGCAGGGAGUAUACAUCUUCCUGGUACAUUGUGUCCUCAAUCGCCAGGUCCAGGAAGAAUACAAGAAGUGGUUUAAGGGGAUCCAGAAAAUAACUGAGACAGAUAGUAGUGAUAUACUAUCUGCUCGUACUACUCACAGCAAAGUGAUUGAAGAACUGGAAAAAUCUCCAGAAUUCGCUGAGUUAAGAAAAAACACCUAAGUCCUGAACUCAAAGAUACCCAGUGACUUAUCCCACCACCAAACAUCCUACUCCUGGAUGGGGCCAUCUGAAUAACUGGAUGCUGCCAUGUACUCAAAAUGGAGUGCAUGCUAGAUAUGUGUACUCUUGUUGGGCAUAGAAAAAGCAAUUCUUCUUUGUCAGCAGCUCAUAGAAUGCUAAUAUGUGCUAAUCUAUCCCCUGAA